AUGCAAGAGAAGACCAGUGUGUUGGCAGCUACAUCAGCACAGGUUGGACUCAUUAUCCACAAGAAGACCAAGAUCCUUAAGACCAACUUCAGCAACAUCAACCCAAUCACCCUCAAUGGAAGUCCCCUGGAGGAAGUACAGUUCUUCAUCUGCAUCAUUGACAAGCAAGGUGGGACAGAUGCAGAUGUCAAGGCAAGGAUCGGCAAAGCAAGAGUCGCCUUCAUCCAGCUCAAGAACAUCUGGGCUUCCAGAGAGCUAACCUUGACCAACAAGAUCUGA